CUAGCCAAUCCGAGCGUGGCGGCCGGCGGCCAGUGCGGCAGGCAGCGGCGGCGGGCUCUAUGGCGUCCGUGCGGGGCACGAGCAGCGUCGGCCUUGGCGGCGGGCGAGGGGCCUUGGCGGCGGUGGUGGCUUUGGGGGGCGAAGGGGAGCCAGGCGGGGGCCCGCCCUCCUCCGCCCAGUACGGGAACGGACUGGGGGGCAGCGGCCCCGGCGGGGAGCAGGCAGGCGGCGGCGGAGCAGGAGGAGGCGGCGGCGGCGGCGGGGUGCUCCGCGAGGUGGAGCUGGAGGACGAGGAGGAGGAAGAGCUGCUUCUGGAGGCCGCGACGGGCGGCGGAGGAGGCGGCGGAAGCAGCCGGGGAGCCGGCCCCAGGGGCGCCCUCUCCUCCUCCUCCUCCUCCCACGCCUCCCGGGCAGGCCAGGCGGCGGCGGGCCUGGGGGCCGUCCACCAUCGCCCUCGCCCCGAGGAGCUGGAAGAGGAGGCCGGCCUGGGGGACGGCGACCCCGGGGACUCCGCCAUCGAAGACCCCGAGCUGGAAGCCAUUAAAGCUCGUGUGCGAGAGAUGGAGGAAGAAGCCGAGAAGCUGAAGGAGUUGCAAAACGAAGUUGAGAAGCAAAUGAACAUGAGCCCCCCACCUGGCAAUGCUGGCCCAGUCAUAAUGUCUCUAGAAGAAAAGAUGGAAGCCGAUGCCAGGUCCAUCUACGUAGGCAAUGUGGACUAUGGGGCAACCGCGGAAGAGCUUGAAGCCCACUUCCAUGGCUGUGGCUCUGUCAAUCGCGUGACCAUCCUCUGUGACAAAUACACCGGCCACCCCAAGGGGUUUGCCUAUAUUGAGUUUUCCGACAAGGAGUCGGUGCGGACUUCCUUGGCGUUGGACGAGUCCCUUUUCAGAGGGAGGCAGAUCAAGGUGAUUCCCAAACGGACCAACCGCCCAGGGAUCAGCACCACAGACCGGGGCUUCCCCCGGACCCGGUAUCGAGGGAGAGGAUCUGGCUACAGCAGUUCGCGGGCCCGUUUCUACAGCGGCUUCAGUAGCAGGCCGCCCCGAGGGCGUGCUUACAGGGGCCGGGCCAGAGCAACUUCAUGGUAUUCCCCUUACUAAAAACAAAAAAAGGGUUUUAGGAAGGAGGAAAAAAAAAAGAAAAAAAAUGAAGAUUGUUACCGUGAUGGAAAAAAAAAUACUGUUGGGGGGAGGAGAAUGUGUCUGAUGCUAUGUAGAGAGGGGGCUGAUACAUGUGGGCGGGGGAGACAAACAUGGGGGCAUUGUGUGUGAAAUCUCUCCACCCACUGGUAUUGCUGGUCCAAGCCCUGGGCCCCACCCCACCCUUCGCCCCCUUCUCUUCCAUCUGCAGAGAUUGUCAGGCAUAACCGAGCCAUUCUUCCUCUUCUGUUUUUUUAUUGUUGCCCUGCAUUUCUGGGGGGCGGGGGGGGACCAGUUCUAGUGGGGUGGGGUGUGGGGUUGGAGGACUGCCAGCUCCCCACAUCUCUUGUAAUUUUUUUUUGUUCUUUGCCAAGCUGUUGUGUUUCUUUUAAUUACUCUGUAUUUGCUUUUUCUCUGCCGCGCCCCCCCCUCCAUUUCUUGUACGUGUGCCCGCGCUUUGGUUUCUUCCAGCUCUCAUUUGCUCUUUCACGGAUCGGCAGGGAGGGAGUCAGUGGUGUUGGUUUACUUACAGCUGCCUGUGUCAAGAUCUUGCCGCCAUAUGCUUUUCUUGUCUUCACGCUGGCAAACUCAGUCUCUCAACAUCCUAUUCUGGGCAUGUUUUAGGCAAGGGAUCCUUUUCAGGUCCUUUCUCCAUCCUCCACCCCAUGGUCCUUUGUUCCUACUGCUGAAACUGAAAUUUGCACCCAAAAACUUUAUUCUGAAGCAAGUAAGGGUGCUCUGCAAAAAAACAAAACAAAAAACAACCACGACCGUCCCUCCUCCACUGCUGGGUCAUCUCUCUCUCUCUCUCUCUCUCUCUCUCUCUCUCUCUCUCUCUCUCUCUCUCUUUUCCUUUCACUCCCCCACCUGCUUCUAUCUCUGCCCCUCUCCCUGCAUCCCCCGGGGUAUGUUAUAUGCCUUGUUUGAGUGUCUUUAUCUUUACAGGUUCCUUUAUUUUUUAGCCUGAAGAAAUAUCAGCGAAACCUGAAGCUCUAGAGACCAGGGGCAGGGGAGAGGACUCCCUUGGGAGCUUGGUGGGUGUGGGGAAGGAAUACAGGCCCAUACAUGGGAGAGUGACUUAAAAAAAAAAAAAAGGAAAAAAGCAAGGGGAAAAGAUUCAGGUUGGGUUGGGGGUGGGGCAGGUGUAAAAAGGGAGAAAUAGAAUAAAAUGUUAUGAGGGCAGGGAAAAAAAUAAAAAUGUUUUUGGAAGAAAGA